AUGCGGAUGGCCGGCGGGUACAGCCGCAGCGUCCUCGGACAGCACCCGGUCCAGAUAGGUCAUCUCUGCCACGGCGUCGUAGGUCAGCUGGCCGUCGUGUCGCUGCAGGACGUCGUCGAUCUUCGCGACUUCCUCCAACUGCUUCUGGACACCAAGGACAAGGACGGUAGACACAUCCUUAGGGACAGUAGCAUUAACAGCCAGUCGGUGCUGUUCCUCAUCGUCGGCUACGACACGACAGCCUCGCUGCUAGCGUUCGCCGCCUACUGCCUGGCGACGCCGCCGGACGUCCAGAACGCCGCCCACCGCGAAAUCGACGACGUCCUGCAGCGACACGACGGCCAGCUGACCUACGACGCCGUGGCAGAGAUGACCUAUCUGGACCGGGUGCUGUCCGAGACGCUGCGUCUGUACCCGCCGGUCAUCCGCAUGGAGCAGCAGUGUAGCCGAGAUUACACAUUGCCCGACACGAACGUGCAUAUCCCGCGCGGCACGAUCAUCCAAAUGUCAAUCAUGAACAUCCACCGCGAUCAUGCGUACCACCCGGACCCGCUGCUCCUCGACCCGGACCGCUUCCUACCCGAGGCGAAGGAGACGCGCCACCCUUGCGCCUGCAUGCCUUUCGGCAGCGGGCCGCGCAACUGCACCGGCAUGCGGUUUGCGCUGUUCGAGGCGAAGGUGGCGCUGAUUGCCGUGCUGCGGGAGAACCGGCUGGAGCCGAGCAAGCGGACGCCGCCGCCGCCCAUGCCGCUCGAUGAGGACAAGUUCCUACUGACCCCUAAGAAGGGCAUGGGCUACCUGCGUGCGGUAUCUCGUGAACAGAGAUAG